AAACUUCCAUUUAUGUUAUUUCUUUUCUUAAUUUGUAAAAAUAUGGUCACACUAAUUUCUGAAAUAAGAUCGAUCCAACUAUUCUGGCAAAGACGCCGUAGGGAUGAGAGCUGAAUUUUUGGUUUACAUCAAACGGAUGAUUGUUGAAGACCAUUUCGGGCGCUUUGACUCUUGAUGAGGUACGCAGCUGGAUUUUCUCCCUCCUUUUUCUCAGGUUGCUGAAUUGUUUAUAAGCUUCAGUGGUUGCGAGCUGCAAGUAAUUUCUCUCCAGUACUAUGUGCAAGUAGAACUCUGAAAGGUCGCCGGCAGUGAUGUGGUCUUCGGUAUUGCACCAGCACAUCAGAUGUUAUAUUAUUUUGGGUUGUCUAUGCAUAUCUGUCCUCUGCCUCAAUUCACUUCAGUAUGAAAGUGGAGAUGUUUUUUCAAACAAUUGGAUGCAUGAAUUUCGGCUGGUAACAGGCAAUGGCUCUCAGAACGUUAGUCCAUUCCUUUUUUCCUCUGUGAACCAUUCUGUAUCAUGCGAGGACCUGGGUGGUGUAGGAUCGUUUAGCACAACCUGCCUGUUAAACACAAACUUGUCUUUAGAUUCUGAUUUCCACAUAUCUGGAACGGGGAACUUAGAGAUACUUCCUCAUGUUUUGAUUUGCUGCCCCAUAGAAGGUUGUACGAUUACUCUUAAUAUGUCUGGCAACAUCAAAGUCAGUCACCAUGCAGCUGUUGUUGCUGGUUCGGUGGUUUUUUCUGCUGCUAAUGUGAUGCUGGAAUACAAUUCUUACAUAAAUACCACCGCCCUUGGUGGAGCACCUCCUUCUCAAACUAGUGGCACACCAGUUGGUUAUGAUGGAUCUGGUGGAGGUCAUGGUGGCCGAGGGGCCUCCUGUUUGAAAAGUAAUCAGGCAAGCAAUUGGGGUGGUGAUGUCUAUGCUUGGUCUACAUUGUCCGAACCAUGGAGUUACGGGAGCAAGGGUGGUGGGAUAUCGGAGGAAAAACCAUAUGGAGGGCAUGGUGGAGGACGUGUGAAUCUUCUAGUAGUGGAUGUAUUAUAUUUAAAUGGUUCUAUCCUUGCAGAAGGCGGAAAUGGAGGGUCAAGAGGUGGAGGUGGAUCUGGUGGAAGUAUCUUUGUGCAUGCAGUAAAGUUAAAGGGGAAUGGAACUAUAUCUGCUGCAGGAGGGAAGGGAUGGGGUGGAGGUGGUGGGGGAAGAAUUUCUCUGGAUUGUUAUAGCAUUCAAGAAGAUAUUAAAGUUACCGUACAUGGUGGUGUAAGUAUUGGCUGUCCUGGUAAUGCUGGAGCAGCGGGCACUUACUUCAAUGCUGAUUUGCUAAGUUUAAGAGUUGGAAAUGACAAUAUCACAACAGAAACUGAAACCCCUCUGCUAGACUUUUCAACCAGUCCACUAUGGUCAAAUGUUUUUGUGGAAAAUAACGCAAAAGCUUUGGUCCCAUUGUUGUGGACAAGAGUCCAGGUUAGAGGCCAAAUUAGUCUAUAUUGUGGAGGCAGCAUUGUGUUUGGACUGUCCGAAUUUCCAAUAUCAGAAUUUGAACUAGUUGCUGAAGAACUUCUGAUGAGUGAUUCCGUCAUAAUGGUUUUUGGCGCUCUUAGAGUUUUCGUUAAGAUGCUGCUGAUGUGGAACUCCAAAAUCCUGGUAGACGGUGGUAGGAAUACAUUUGUUACUGCUUCAGUUCUUGAAGUCAGGAAUCUGGUUGUUUUAAAGCAAAACUCAAGCAUUAGCUCGAAUUCAAACUUGGGUAUGUAUGGUCAGGGGCUACUGCAGCUUACUGGUCAAGGUGACACAAUCCAAGGCCAGCGACUAUCUUUGUCGCUAUUUUACAACAUAACUGUUGGCAUCGGCUCCCUGCUUCAGGCUCCGUUGGAUGAUGAUGCCAGUAGAAGCCUGGUAACAAAAGCACUGUGUAAUAGUGAGACGUGUCCACUGGAUUUAAUGACCCCACCAGAUGAUUGCCAUUUCAAUUACACACUGUCCUUUUCACUUCAAAUUUGUCGUGUUGAGGACCUUAUUGUUAAUGGGAUUAUCAAGGGAAGUAUUAUUCAAAUCCACCGGGCAAGAACUGUUAUUGUCAAUAGCAACGGCAUGAUUACUGCAUCUGAAUUAGGUUGCAAUGAAGGAAUUGGUAAGGGCAACUAUUCAAAUGGUGCUGGUAGUGGAGCUGGACAUGGAGGAAGAGGAGGCUCUGGUUAUUUUAACGGGUGGGUGAGUAAUGGAGGUGAUGAAUAUGGCAAUGCUGAUCUUCCCUGUGAACUUGGAAGUGGAGCACAAGGCCCUGAUCAUUUAGAUACACCUGUGGUUGGAGGGGGAAUGAUUGUGAUGGGAUCCAUCCAGUGGCCUUUGUUAACUCUUAAAAUUUAUGGAUCUUUAACGGCUGAUGGACAAAGCUUUGUUAAAGUGACAAGAAAUGAUAAUAGCAGCAUGGUUGGUGGGCAUGGAGGAGGUUCGGGUGGAACUAUUCUUCUUUUCCUUCAGGAACUUGAGCUUUUCAAGAAUUCAUCAAUUACUGUUAUUGGCGGCAAUGGUGGUUCUAUAGGUGGAGGUGGAGGUGGGGGUGGGAGAGUGCAUUUUCAUUGGUCCAAUAUACAUGUUGGGGAUGAAUAUAUACCUGUUGCAAGCAUAGGUGGCUCCACUAAUAGCAGUGGAGGUGCUAGCAACAAAGGUGGUAGCUAUGGGGGAAAGGGCACAAUUACCGGAAAAGAAUGCCCCAAGGGACUCUAUGGUACUUUUUGUGAAGAAUGCCCUGUUGGCACGUACAAAGAUGUCGAUGGAUCUGACGCAAAUCUUUGCAUUCCUUGUUCUCUUGACCUUUUGCCCAAUCGUGCUAAUUUCAUAUAUUCACGAGGAGGGGUUGAUCGGCCAUUUUGUCCAUAUAGAUGUAUAUCUGACAAAUAUAGGAUGCCAAAUUGCUUUACACCUCUUGAGGAGCUGAUGUACACCUUUGGUGGUCCAUGGCCAUUUUCUGUUAUAUUGUCAUGUUUUUUGGUUCUUUUAGCACUUCUGUUAAGCACGCUGAGGGUAAAAUUUGUCGGAUAUGGUUCUUAUCGUGAUGCUGAUUCGAUUGAACCCCACAGUCAUCGUCAUUUCCCACAUCUUCUUUCCUUAUCUGAGGUACGUGGAACUAGAGCAGAGGAAACUCAAAGCCAUGUUCACAGAAUGUACUUUAUGGGCCCCAAUACAUUCAGAGAGCCCUGGCACCUUCCUUACUCUCCUCCCAAUGCAAUUAUUGAAAUUGUGUAUGAAGAUGCUUUUAAUAGAUUUAUUGAUGAGAUAAAUUCAGUGGCUGCAUAUCAUUGGUGGGAAGGAUCAGUGCACAUUAUACUCUCUAUUCUUGCAUAUCCUUGUGCAUGGUCUUGGAAACAGUGGCGGCGUAGGCACAAAAUCCAUCACCUUCAGGACUAUGUGAAGUCUGAAUAUGACCAUUCAUGUCUGCGCUCCUGCAGAUCUCGUGCUUUAUACAAAGGGAUGAAGGUUGGAGCAACGCCUGAUUUAAUGGUUGCAUAUAUCGAUUUUUUUCUUGGUGGUGACGAGAAGCGUUUAGAUAUUGUUUCAAUUAUUGAAAAGAGAUAUCCAAUGUGCAUAAUUUUUGGUGGGGAUGGAAGCUACAUGACUCCCUAUAAUCUUCACAGUGAUGCAUUGUUGACCAAUCUCAUUGGACAGCAUGUCCCAGCAACUGUUUGGAAUCGCUUAGUUGCUGGUCUGAAUGCUCAGCUGAGGCUAGUGAGGAGUAGGUCCAUUCGUUCUUCCUUAAUUCCUGUUAUUGAUUGGGUAAAUAGUCAUGCAAACCCUCAACUUGAAUUCCAUGGCGUUAAGAUUGAGGUCGGAUGGUUCCAAGCUACUGCUUCUGGUUACUAUCAGCUUGGCGUGUUGGUUGUACCGUUUGGUGAUUAUUCUUCUCAACAGUUUGAAAGAUCGGAUGUGUUGCACCAACAUACCAAAGAAAAAUUAAGGGAAGAUGCUACAAGUGCAACAGAAUCUCUCAUGCAGUUUGAGCAGAGUUGGCAAGCAUUAUCUCUAAAGAGGAUUACAGGAGUAGUUAAUGGAGGGCUUAUAAACAAGGCCAACGUGGGAUUCUUGCACUAUAAAUGGGACUUUCUCUAUCCUCUAUCUCUGUUAUUACGCAACACAAAACCUAUUGGUCAUCUGGAUACUGUACAGCUGCUUAUCACUACUGUGCUUCUAGCAGAUAUUUCCAUUACCCUGCUUCUGCUGCUGCAGUUCUAUUGGAUUUCACUGGUUGGUUUUCUUCUUGUUCUGCUUGUUCUUCCAUUGUCUCUACUAUCUCCUUUCCCUGCUGGCCUGAACGCACUUUUCAGCAAGGAGCCUAGAAGAGCAUCACUUGCUCGAAUAUACGCUUUGUGGAAUGCAACCUCUUUCACUAAUAUUGGUGUGGCAUUCCUUCAUGGCAUUUUGCAGUAUGGAAUUUCAACGUUCCAGCCACCCGAUGAGGCAAAUACAUGGAGCAACAGAAGGGAGACUGAUAAGUGGUGGAUCUUGCCCGUAAUCCUUCUGCUAUUCAAAUCAUCACAGGCACAAUUUGUCAAUUGGCACAUUGCAAAUUUGGAAAUCAAGGAUAUUAGUCUCUUUUGUCCUGACCCCGACACGUUUUGGGCUGCUGAGUUUGCUUGACGUAUGAGAAAAUUGAGAAUAUUACUAUCGACUGACAUUGGUGUGGUAUUUUGAUUUGUAAAUGUCCAAUAUUGUAAAUCCAUUUUGAGAUUAGUGUGCAAAGGUCCCUACAUGAGAGUAGCAUAAAUGUAAAUAUAGAGUAUUUAAGAAAAAGGAAAAAAAAAAAAUCAUACCAA